GCAGCUCUCUCGACAUCCCGGCUGCGUGGCCGAGUUCGUCUCGGAUCUCCAAAACUUGGAGGAGACGCGGGGCGCUUUGGGGACCCAGGCCGAGCUCCUCGGAAGGAUGCAACGGCUUUACGAGAUCUUGGAGGAGCACCGGGUCUACUUGAGCACGACCUUGCGGGCCAAAGUGGCUUCCAUGCCACGGUCCUUCGCCAACUUCGAGGCCGUCUUCGCGAAGAAGGAGGAGAAGGUUGUGGAGGAGCGGGAGGGGUUUCUGGAGCGCUUCGCUGCGGAGCUCUCGGCCCUCGAGGCCAAGGUCCAAGAUUUCGCCUCCGAGGAGCAGGUGAGGCAUCCGGGGUUGUUGCAGCUGCCCUCGACGGCGUCCUUGACCUCUCCGGCCUUGGCGGCAGGCUGCGUUCCGGACUUCGCAGGGAAAGGGUCCGCGGUGGAGGUCUCCUCGAAGCUGAGGGAGCUGGAAGCCUUGCAGGAGGCACUGCGGAAGCUCCAAGAGGACCAGGAGCUCUACCAGAGCUACCAGGAGGUACUGAAAGGCGACGGGCUGGUGGUACCAGAUCUCAGGGAUGCCUGGCUGCAACUGCAAAGGCGCUUGGAUCUUUGGAGGACUUUUGAAGACUGGCAAAGGAAGUGCCAGGAGUGGCUGCCUUCGGAUCUGCUUCUGGUGGACUUGAUGCUCAUGUCCAAGGACGUCACGAGCUUGUGGGUGCAAGCAGAUGCAGCCCAGCACGAUCUGCCGGAGAAUGCUGUCUUCGAGGAGCUGCAGAGCCAGUUGAAGUACAUGCAGGACUUGAUCCCGGUGCUGGAGGUGCUGCAAAACCCACACUUGCGGGGGAGGCAUUGGAAGGAGCUGAGCGCCACCUUGGACGUCACCUUGGACGUCUCCCAUGCCGGGCGGCCGCAGCUGGCUUUGGGCCAGGCGGCCAAUUGGAACCUCACGAAGGAAAUGGCCUCCCUCCUCACCAUCGCGCGCCGCGCUACCCAG